GAAGACAGACAGAGAGCAAUGGGAUUUUGCAGAAAGUCAAAUGCGAAGGAAGAGAGGGGACAGGAGGCAGUGUUCCUGAGAAAGAUCACCACCCUGGUGCGGGCCAUCGCACUGACUAUCGGCACAGUCAUUGGCAGUGGCAUUUUUAUCGCUCCAAAAGGGGUGUUGCAAAACUCCGGCAAUGUGGGGCUCUCCUUGGUUGUCUGGCUGGCUUGCGGGGUCCUCUCUCUGUUCGGUGCUCUGUCUUAUGCAGACCUGGGAACAAGCAUCACAAAAUCUGGGGGCCAUUACAUCUACCUUCUAGAAACCCUUGGGCCUUUGCCAGCCUUCUUAAGAUUGUGGGCUGAAUUUGUUAUGAUCCGUCCUGCCAACAUUGCCGUGGUGUCCUUGGCUUUCGGUCGUUACUUAAUUGAGCCUCUCUUCACCCCUUGCCACGCCCCUGCCCUGGCUGUGAAGCUGGUCACCAUCACUGGCAUCUCCUUAAUCAUUGCUGUGAACUGCUGGAGCGUCAGCUGGUCUGCAAAUAUACAGACCGUUCUUGCAGUCCUCAAGAUGGUCACCAUUGGCCUGAUUAUUGUCCCAGGGAUGCUGGUGCUAGCUGAAGGUCACUAUGAGAAUUUCCAGAAUGCUUUUGACACUAGCUCGCUGGCUCUGGACAAGCUGCCUCUGGCUUUUUACUCUGGAAUGUUUGCAUAUGGAGGAUGGUUCUAUGUCAACUUUGUAACUGAGGAAAUCGUAAACCCUGAAAGGAAUAUCCCACUGAGCGUGAUAGUGGCCUUGCUCAUUGUUACUCUAGGGUACCUUCUCACUAAUGUCUCCUACUACGCAGUCCUGACAGCGGAGGAAGUGCUGGCCUCUGAGGCUGUAGCUGUGAGCUUUGUAGAUAGAGCAUUUAAGAGAAUUUCCUCAGCAAUUCCCGUCCUAGUUGCUCUGUCCUGCUUUGGUUCUCUGAAUGGAGGAAUCUUUGCAGCUGCAAGGAUGUUGUUUGCAGCUUCCAGGGAAGGACAGUGGCCUCCACUCUUCUCCAUGAUCCAUAGGCGAAGAAACACCCCCCUCCCAGCCCUUUUAUUAAUGUUGCCUCUGAUCUUCUUGAUGGUGUUGAUUGGCGAUCUCUAUGGCCUAUUGAACUUCUAUAGCUUUUCACGCUGGCUCUUCAUAGGACUGGUGACCCUGGGGCUCAUGAUACAUCGUUAUCGGCAUCCUGAGAUAUCGAGGCCCUUCAAGGUGCCUCUAUUCAUCCCACUGGUUUUCACAAUAAUAUGUUUCUUCAUCGUGGGAAUGUCCCUUUAUUCAGACCCUGUGAACACAGGCAUUGGCUGUGCCAUAACUCUGACUGGUCUGCCUGUCUACUAUCUGGUGGUCCAGAAAUCAAGAAUACCAGCCAGCUGCAGUGCAAUGUUCAAUUCCAUGACGGUGAAGCUACAGGUCCUGAUGGAAGUCAUCCCACAGGAAAUCCAGACCUACUGAAGGUCUCUUGCAUCAGGACCCAGACUUCAGACUUAACACAAAAAGGCCCAUUCUUGGGAGCAGCUGGUAAAGAAUCCAAACAAUAGGAUCCACAAGACCUUCAAUAAGAUCAGACCAUAAGUGGAAACCCAAGGCUAUUUUAAUGUUAACAUUACCAUGGUCACCUUCAUGAACCCUUACCUAAUGCUGGUUUGUUCAGAUGCUCGCAUAUAAAAAUACUUCUUUUUAAAGUCAGAUUACUUCAGUGAUGUUACAAUCCAGUACUCCCAACACCAGUAAUUCACUACUGUGGGGGUGAAUCUGAAGUCAAACUGAAUGGUGGUGUUUUCCAAUAAAUGGAGCAAAGGACAAAGCUA